UUUCUAUUCCUUAUACUUAUCAACUUUUUAGUACAUUCUUUACAUACAUAUAUGUCUGUUUAUUUUGACUUUAUAUUUAUUUUCUUCUUAACCCCACUAAAACACCCCACCAUUUUCAUCUUCUUCUUCUUCAUGAAUUAAUUUUCAAGAACUUCUAUUUGACUGUAUAUGUGUUUGACAGUACAAGAUGUUCGACUGUGGUUCCAAGUCCCAAUAUCUUGGGGGGCAGCGAGAGAAGUUUGUAAGGUUGGAUGAUUUGGAUUCCAGAAUAUCCUCUCCUUCCGCAUCACUAACAACAAAUACAUGUGGCUUCAACAUCGAGGGUUUAAAACGUUCAGGCCAUGCAGCUAACAGUCCGUCAAGGUCUUUUAAGAGAGGAGUGAAAAAAGGAUCUGAAGGACUUAAAUCGAUUGGUCGAUCACUGGGAUUUGGUGUCUCUCGGGCUGUAUUUCCUGAAGAUCUGAAAGUUUCAGAGAAGAAAAUUUUUGACCCUCAAGAUAAAUUCCUUCUGUUAUGGAACAAGCUAUUUGUUGUAUCAUGUAUUCUAGCCGUGUCUGUGGAUCCACUGUCUUUCUACCUUCCAGUUUUUGAUAAUAAGUCAAAUUGCCUCCAGAUUGAUAGGAAGCUAGCUGUCAUAGCCACUACCCUACGUACAGUGAUUGACGCUUUCUAUCUUAUUCACAUGGUUCUUCAGUUUCGCACGGCGUAUAUUGCACCGUCAUCUCGAGUUUUUGGACGUGGUGAACUUGUGAUAGAUCCUGCAAAGAUUGCUAAAAGAUACUUGCGGUUCUAUUUUAUCAUCGAUUUUCUUGCUGUGCUUCCCUUGCCUCAGAUUGUGGUGUGGAGAUUCUUGCGGAGCUCUGCAGGUUCUGAUGUCUUAGCUACAAAGCAAGCAUUGCUUUACAUCAUCUUGCUUCAGUACAUCCCUAGAUUUGUCAGAGUUAUACCCUUAACUUCGGAAUUGAAAAGAACUACUGGUGUCUUCGCUGAAACCGCAUGGGCUGGUGCCGCAUCCUAUUUGCUACUGUACAUGCUUGCUAGUCAUAUAGUUGGGUCUUUUUGGUACUUGCUAGCUGUGGAACGCUAUGAUACAUGCUGGCAGCGAGCUUGUAGUCACAAUAGAACAUGCAACACUGAUUUCUUGUACUGCGGGAAUCAGUUUAUGACGGGUUAUAAUAGUUGGAGCAGCAUAAGUGAAACGGUUUUAAAUGAUGCUUGCCCUGCAAAAAGUGACAAGUCACCGUUCGAUUUUGGGAUUUUUGAUCAGGCUUUAUCAUCUGGCAUUAUUUACUCCAUGAAAUUCGUGUCUAAAUACUGUUAUUGUCUGUGGUGGGGGCUGCAGAACUUGAGUACCCUCGGACAGGGACUUGAAACUAGCACCUAUCCCGGGGAGUCUAUUUUCUCUAUAGGAUUGGCUAUUCUUGGGCUCAUUCUCUUUGCGUUAUUGAUCGGUAACAUGCAGACGUAUCUACAAUCUCUUACUAUUCGACUGGAAGAGAUGAGAGUGAAAAGGCGUGACUCAGAACAGUGGAUGCAUCAUCGGUUGCUCCCACAAGAUCUCCGAGAACGUGUUAGGCGCUAUGAUCAGUAUAAGUGGCAGGAAACUCGUGGCGUGGAUGAAGAGAAUAUUGUCCAGAGCUUGCCUAAGGAUCUUCGGAGGGAUAUCAAACGUCAUCUUUGUCUCGCUUUAGUGAAGCGGGUUCCUCUAUUUGAGAAUAUGGAUGAAAGAUUACUGGAUGCUAUUUGCGAGCGUCUGAAACCGUGUCUGUAUAUCGAGAAUACAUACAUUGUUCGAGAAGGAGAUCCAGUGGAUGAGAUGCUCUUCAUCAUACGAGGCCGUCUUGAGAGUGUGACAACCGAUGGUGGGAGAAGCGGUUUCUUCAAUCGCAGUUUGUUGAAAGAAGGCGAUUUUUGUGGAGAGGAACUUCUAACAUGGGCGCUAGACCCAAAAUCCGGGUCUAACCUCCCAUCUUCCACUCGUACUGUGAAAGCUCUAACGGAAGUAGAGGCUUUCGCUCUAACAGCAGACGAGUUGAAAUUCGUCGCCAGUCAGUUCAGACGACUUCACAGCAGGCAAGUUCAGCACACGUUCCGUUUCUACUCACAACAAUGGAGGACUUGGGCUGCUUGUUUUAUACAAGCAGCGUGGAGGCGGUACACCAAGAGGAAACUUAUGGAAAUCCAACGUAAGGAAGAAGAAGCCGAGGCGUUGGCUUCUGGUAUUGGUAAUUCUGGUGGUUCGACUUAUAGUAUUCGUGCAACGUUCUUGGCAUCGAAGUUUGCAGCGAACGCUCUCCGAGGCGUUCAUAGGAAUCGGAAUCUCAAGAGUGCUAGGGAGCUAGUGAAGUUGCAGAAACCUCCAGAGCCAGAUUUCAGUGCAGAUGCAGAUUGAUAUUUGAUUUUGCUGAGUUUACAAAGAGGUUUCCAUGUAUAAUUUUAUCAUGAUUUAGAGUGUUACUGCAAGAAAAUUCUGUAAUUAAAUAUGGUUAGUAUGAUCCUAUUCAAAUCUUUAUUGAAUUAUAGCUAUUUAUGAAAAUUUAUAGAAAAAAUAACGUAAA